AUGGAUCCAGCCCAGGAGGUAGAACAACAUAUGCUGGCGAAAACGAAGCCUAUUAUAGAAGCAGCAGCACCUGGUGACUCGGCCAUACAGAAAUUUUACGAAGGAAGCAAUAUAUUUCUGACUGGUGGGUCCGGCUUCAUCGGAAAGUUCAUUAUCGAGAAACUCUUCAGGACUUGUGCAAUCAGUACAAUUUACGUGUUGAUACGGUCGAAGAAGAAUUUGAAUCCCAAGGACAGGCUGGAUAAAAUACUGAAGGAUCCAGUGGAUGUGAUAUACUAUGCGGCGGCGAACGUUAAGUUCGACAUGGGGCUGGGAGAGGCGGUGCUGACGAGCGUACGCGGCACCAGGGAGGCGCUGAGGCUGGGCAGGGCUUGCAGGAAGCUGAGGGCAUACGUGCACGUUUCUACCGCGUACUCGCACGCCACGCGCAGCCGAGAGGGCACAACCGUCUACGAACGCUUCCACGAGAGCCCGGCACCACCGGAGACAGUGAUCCAGUUGGCAGAGUCAAAGGACCACGCGAAAUUGGAGGACCUGGCACAGUGCUGGAAACGGGACUGGCCAAACACAUAUACGUUGUCCAAAGCACUGGCAGAUGAGGUUAUUCGAACAAUGGCUGGGAAUUUGCCGGUGUGCAUCGUGAAGCCUUCGAUAGUUGUGUCUACAUACUGUGAGCCGACUCCAGGUUGGGUGGAUACCAGCUGCGUAUUUGGACCGAGCGGUAUGAUGAUAGGCAUCGGGUUAGGUCUAAUGCACACGAUGCUCAUGGACAAGGACAAGCUCAGCGACCUGGUACCGGCUGACAUGGUGACCAACGCCAUCAUAGCGGCCGCCUGGGAGAUUGCUAGAGCGCGGCCUACUACAGAGCCUAAGAUCUUCACGCUCAGCAAUACGAGAAAUGCGGUAUAUUGGCUGAUUCCUAAGCAUCAACAAUACAUGGCACGCGGUGAUGCCGCCGAACAACAUUGGGAGCAAGAUGAACUGUUGUACUCUGGAAGGGACAGCGAUGACAGUCCCAUACUGUCUUACAGACACGAGAGGUACCGCAGAUAUGCGCCAUACAUUCGCGAGGGCAAGACGGAAGACCGAGAGAGGAGGUCCACGUUCAGCGUCCUCGCCAAGUUCUUCCUCUUCAGCACCGCCAUGAUACUCUUCUGCGUGCUGCUGUAUAUACCUGUAUAUAAUAGGGCCAAUGACCAGGUGCCAAAACCCGCAGUAGCGGGCUGGUCGAUACACACCAAUAGGGAUACGAAGAUAUACGUCCAGCCGGAGAACGUGACGACGAUCCACGAGCCGAAAGACGUGUGCCCGAAGAGGAACAGGAGGGAGAAGAACAAACUGUUCCUACUCAUCGUCGUCUGCUCGUCGACGGUCAACUUCGAGCAGAGGCUGGCGAUCAGGGAGACCUGGGGCAACUACGGGAGCUACGUUAAACUGACGCGCCUCUUCCGCGAGGCGGAGGAGCGUUUCAAGAACCUAAACACCAGCCUUGAACUCGAACGGACAGACAACACAACCAGCCCCGAACGGAACAAACGGGACGUAGCCGGCUACGCCCAACUGCUGCCGCAGCUGACCAAGGUGCUGCAGACCAACUUGCUGCACUCCGCAACGGAGGCGCCAGAGGAGAGGCGGUUCGACGACGAGAAGAUGCUACCCGAGUUCGACAUGAACAAAGUGCUGGGGGAACAAGACGACGAUCUAGACUACGAAUACGGCGGAAACAUAAUGAAGAUACCGCCAAGGGGAUACGAAGACACCCCUGACCUCGGCAGGAUAGUUUCCCUGCUGAGGCACAUCAAGACCUUCCCGAAGACCGAGCCGGCUGAGGAGACCCCGACCCAGGAGGCCGUAUCAGACCCGGACUACAAGCUGGUGUUCCUCCUGGGCCUGCCGCCGAACGAGAACAGCACGGACCUCCAGGACAGGAUCGACGCCGAGGCGGAGACGUACUCGGACAUAAUCCAGGAGGGCUUCGUCGACUCGUACAACAACCUGACCCUGAAGUCCAUAAUGAUGCUCAAGUGGGUGACAAACAACUGCAACGAGAGCGUGCGGUACAUCUUGAAGACCGACGACGACAUGUACAUCAACGUGCCCAACCUGGUGUCGACCCUGCGCCGGCGCGCCGCCGCCUUCGACAACGGCGCCAAAGGGGCCGGCGCCAAGGAGUUCCUGCUCCUCGGCGACCUCAUCUGCGGCGCGCGCCCUGUCCAGGACUCGAAGAGCAAAUGGUACAGCCCCCGCUACAUGUACCCAGGGCGCGUGUACCCGCGGUACCUGUCGGGAACGGGGUACGUGCUCUCCGCGCCCGCCGCGCACUCGCUCUACGCCGCUGCGCUCACCACCACCUACUUCCACCUCGAGGACAUCUACAUCACCGGCAUGUGCGCGGCGCGCGCGCUGCCGCGGCUGGUGGCGCGCGACGAGGCGGGCUUCUCGUACCAGCCGGUGCGCGGCGCGGCGGCGUGCGCGGCGCGCGCGCGCAUCUCCUCGCACCGCGUGCCGCCGCCGCGCAUGCGCCGCGUGCACCGCGCGCUGCUGCGCCCGGACACGCUGAGCGGGUGCGAGCGCCAGCGACUGCUGCAGGUAAGAGACGAGUGUAGAAUUAAAGCGGCUCGAACCUCCUCGGCGCGGCCCCUAAGGCAGACCACGUUGGCCAUAUUCGCUAUCUCGGUGUACCCUUGGUGUGAGACAGGCCACGUCGCCCGCCCCCAGUGGCGCAGUGGCGGGCGGCCCGAAGCGCGGCAGGCGCCCCUAUCGGACCGCGCCGCGCUGCAAAUGAGCCGCCGGCAGCGGGGACGGGGAGCGAGCGAUAUACCCCUCUCUUUC